AUGAAGAAGCCCGAUGGCCAAUCAUGUUCCAGUCCACGCGUUUCUCCAAGGCGAAAGAUUGAGCCGGGCUACACAUUCGGCAGCAAGUUACAGAUUAAGGAGUCCAGCGAGAAAUCGCCAGGCCCAGGAUCCUAUCACGUCCACAAGCGCCAGGACGGACCGGCAUUCAGAAUCCAUGCACGGAUUCCCGCCAAACCCAGCCAAACACCCGGGCCUGGCUCUUACGAUCUCUCCCCAUUCGGCGUUGUCGGACGGGUCGCAUCGCCAUGCUUCUCUUUUGGAUCAAGAUUCGAGCCAACGACAAAACCCACCCCUGGUCCAGCAGAAUACUCUCCAAGGUCACAAUCGACGAGCAUGGCCUUCACAAUGGGGAAGAAGGUGUAUAAAAAGACGUCUAUCACUCCCGGGCCAGGAACCUACCGUGUUCCUCUCGACACUACUUCCACAAGAGGGACCGUCUUUAGCAGCAAACAGACAAAGAGCAGCAGUCCCAAUCCAGAAACACUGGACUAUUCAUGCACUUGCAGCACCAACCGAUCAUCGAAAAACCCAGGUUCUCGUCACCAUUCCCAGAGAGAUAUUCAAGUUGCAACAAUAAAGCUGGAUCCACAAAAGCAUGGCCACAAGUUAAAGAACGGCAACGAUGGCAACAUUAGCAGAAGUUCUUCCAGCCCUGAAUCUCAAUUUGCUGGCUGGUCUCACAACUCUGGCAAGAACAGCUCCCUUGAACUCCCCGUAGUUUGGCACCUUGACAAUAACCUGGAAGCCGCCAGUUACACAGUAGAGCUGGGGCAAAAGCCAUCACAACUUCGGGGUGGUGCAUCAGUUGCGUCUGCACCAGUAUCUAGAGCCAGCACUGCACGCUCAAUCCCUUCACAAGACCAGUGUCCUUCCUCAGAGAAAGGAAGGGCUCCUGACUUGAGAUUGUCAGCACGCAGGGACCCCGCUCCUUUGGCCUCCGGCCCCGGACAUUAUAACCCCAGCACUAAAGCUGCAGCUGCUUCACAGCUCUCCUGUUCCAUUGGACCGAAGCUGCAACCAGUGAAAAACACUUUAAUGACUCCUGGACCAGGGUACUAUAAAAUCGACGCCACAGGCCCUGCUUUCAAAAUAAUCACCAAACAGAGGUCCACGAAGUUACUGGGCGUAUCGUAUCAUUCUGCAACUCCAUCCGCAAGGUCAUCAAAUUAUACAACAACUGGCCCAUCCUACACCCUGGGUGGCCUCACCAACAGGCCAGCGGGAAACCAGUUCCCUGGACCCGGUGCAUAUGAAGUGAAGUCAUUUUCCUCCUCUGCAUCCUACACAAUGGGAGACAGGUCAUCAAUUGUCAACAGGUUGGACGGCAAGAGCUUGCCAGGACCUGGAGCUUAUCACCAGGACAGUGUCACCAAUGGACCAGCCUACACAAUUUUUGGCAAGUUGUCGUGCAUUCCAGAUCCUACUCAAGGCAACCCAGGGCCCGGAAGCUACACAGUUACGACCAACAAGCCCAUGUCGCCAGUGUUCUCCUUUGGCAAGAAAAUUCAGGCACCUCUCAAGCCAGAGAACAUGCCUGGCCCAGGUCACUAUCAGACGUCCGAUUCCAGGCUCUCAUCACCGCCAUGUAGCAUUAUCAUUGGCUCUAAGCGCCAGGAGCCUAAGCUCACUGGCUCAACGCCAGGCCCUGGUGCCUACUCAGUUUGGCCAAAGGCUUCGUCACCAUCAUUUACGAUGGGAGCAAAAGUUGAAGAGACAAAUACACCAGUACAACCUGGUCCCGGCCAUUACAACAUCAAAUGUACCCCAUCUGGACCUCACUACUCCAUCAGCAACAAAGGAACCUACGUUGCGGCAGACCCAACCCCAGGCCCUGGUUCCUAUCCGGCUGCCUAUCAAGCAAUCGGACAGCAACCUGGUGUCACUAUUGGCAACAAACUCAGCCCGCCGCAUGACCAGGAAACUCCCGGUCCUGGUGAUUACGAGACAACCGGACCAAGGCAGGGGCCCACCGCGAGCAUCCGGGGCAGAUAUGACUUGCCUGACUCAGAUAACGCAUCAAUACCCGGACCCGGAGCCUAUGCACUCAUUUUGCAAUCGAAUGCGCCAGCUUUUUCGUUGAGUGGUCGAGCUGUUCCUGCUCCAGAACUGUUUGUGACCCCGGGGCCCGGAGCUUACCGCAUUGAGCACAAGCGGGAAGGACCGGCUUACACAAUGCCGUCGAGGCAAGCUGCCACCCACCUUGGGGAUGCUAAUAACCCAGGGCCAGGAUCAUACACGGUGAACAAAGGGAACGUCGGCAAGGACCUUCAAAGCUUCAGUAUGCAAGCUCGUCCCAGGACACCACUCUUGGAUAAGACUCCCGGGCCUGGCUCAUAUCCACUACCCGAGCACACGGGGGUCGCCUUUUCACUGGGCGCAAAGUUACGGCACCCGGAACCUGACAAGUCGCCUGGCCCUGGAGCCUAUGAAGCAAACAGGAGGAGCAACAGUCCUUCAUAUGCCAUUGGAAAGAAAAUACUGGAUCCAAAGCCUGAAGAAACGCCAGGGCCUGGUGCUUAUCUGGAAACAACCACCACAGAUGGUCCUCACUACACCAUGGCUUCACGAGUGGAGCCACGGCCCUUAGAUCCAACUCCCGGCCCAGGUUCCUACAUUAUUGGUUCUGGUACGCGUCUCUGCUCGCCAGCGGCGCCAGCCUACUUAUUGGGUGGAAGCUUGCCAUCAUGCAAGAUGGAAGAGAGCCCCGGUCCUGCGGCGUACAAUCCCAACCCUGUAUAUGAGACUUGCAAGAAUGUGCUGAUAACUGAGACAGCGCGGUCUGGUCCACAAAAGGGUAGCGAUGGUCCAGGGCCAGGACAUUACAGCCCUGAGCCGCUCCACGAUGCACCGGGAUUCACUAUGGCUACCAAGUUUACCAGCAAGGAGGCAAACCGAUCGCCAGGCCCUGCAGCCUACAGCCCAAAGCAAGAUGACGACGGUCCAAAGUACAGCAUGGCAGUCCGUAUAGAGAGACCAAACGCGCUCGACACACCUGGUCCUGGCGCACACUACAGCGCUCCGGCAGCAGUGGGGCCCAUGAUCACAUUUGGCAUCCGUACUGGGGAUAACCAGUUUGCGCAGGAAACACCUGGACCAGGUGACUACACGGAUGCGGUCGCUACCGCCUGGUCAGAAGCUCCAGCUUAUAAAUUUGGCACCAGAGUGCAGGAUUACAAAGUUAGCGACACUCCUGGCCCUGGAGCCUACUCGCCGGCUGAAAGGAAGGGCUUGUUGGCGUUCUCACUCGCUGGUAAGCUGGGAAGCAGGGCACCUGCACUAUCAGCCAAUCCUGGACCUGGCACGUACCCGAUCACAUCCGAACGAGGAAUCUCCUUCACCAUCAGGCGCAAGCCUCGUGAGACAGCAAAUUUUGAUGGCGAUGUUCCUGGGCCGGGAGCGUACCACCCCAAAGAAGAGCUUCGUAGCCCAUCACCACCAGCAUUCACUCUAGGAGGAAAGUUCCGUGAAACUCUUGUGGAGAAGACACCGGGCCCUGGAACAUAUUCUUCACCAUCCAGCCUCGACGGACCGGCGUUGACCAUGCCCUUUCGGUUCAGUCCACCGCCAGACAGUGACUCACCCGGACCAGGAGCAUAUAUGACUGAACAAAAACCAUCAACGCCGUCCUUUACUAUGUAUGGACAGCUCAAGGACAAAGCUCCAGAUCUGCUCCCAGGCCCUGGUGCAUAUUCGCCCAAGGGAGAAACUCUAUCUUUAAGCUUCACUAUAAGAGAGAGGCUCACAGAUAGGCAAGUGGAUGAAACACCAGGGCCAGGAGCUUACGUUGUAAAUAGUAGACAAAGCACUCCAUCUUGCAGCAUAUACCCAAAGCUGCCUUAUAAGGCCAGCAGUCCCACACCUGGUCCUGGAACCUAUGAUCCAAGGUACGCACCAGAUGGCCCAUCAAUCAGCUUUCCAAGAUCAGUAAGUGAAACUUCAUAA